UCCUUGAUCUAUGCACACCAAAAAUACAAUAUCCCAUAUCUUCAUUCACAAUGGUUUCUUCUUCAGUUAUCAUCCAUUUCUUCCUCCUUUCACUAUCUCUUUUCUCACUUUCUUGCUUAUCAGCAUCUCAACCACACUCCUUCAUUCUUCCUAUAAAAAAAGACCCAUCAACCAAUCUAUUCUACACAUCAGUUGGCAUAGGAACUCCUAGAACAAAUUUCAAUCUAGCCAUUGAUCUUGCUGGAGAAAACCUUUGGUAUGAUUGUAACACUCAUUAUAAUUCAUCAUCCUACAUUCCAAUUGCAUGUGGCUCAGAAAGAUGUUCAGAUGUUGCAUGUAUUGGUUGUAAUGGCCCAUUCAAACCUGGUUGCACAAACAAUACAUGUCCUGCUACUGCAACCAACUCAUUAGCCAAAUUCAUUUUUGGUGGUGACCUUGGUGAAGAUUUCAUUUUCAUUUCACAACAAAAAGUUUCUGGCUUGCUCUCAAGUUGCAUUGACAUUGAUAGACUUCCAUCAUUCACUGGAGAGGAUUCACCACUCAACGGCUUACCAAAAAUCACUAAAGGAAUUAUUGGUCUUUCAAGAUCAAACCUUUCACUACCAACACAACUUGCAUUGAAAAACAAGCUUCCACACAAAUUCUCUCUUUGUUUACCUUCUUCAAACAAACAAGGAUUCACUAACUUGCUUGUUGGAUCAAUUGGCGGUGACCCUUUUAAGGAAUUGUCCAAAUUUGUUCAAACUACACCGCUCAUUGUCAAUCCCGUUUCAACAGGUGCAGUUUCUGUUCAAGGUGUUCCUUCAGUUGAAUAUUUUAUUGAUGUCAAAGAGGUGAAGGUUGAUGGCAAUGUUUUGAACUUAAAGCCUUCUUUAUUGUCUAUUGACAAAAAGGGAAAUGGUGGCACCAAAAUUAGUACCAUAAUUCCUUUCACUGAAUUGCAAAGUUCUGUAUACAAGCCAUUUAUUCGUGAUUUUCUCAAGAAGGCUUCGGAUAGAAAAAUAAAGAGAGUGGAAUCAGUGGCACCAUUUGAGGCAUGUUUUGACUCUUCUAGCAUUAAAAAUUCUGUACCAAGAGUUGAUCUUGUGCUUCAAGGUGGAGUGCAAUGGACUAUUCAUGAAGCAAAUUUGAUGGUUAAUGUGAAGAAAAAUGUAGCAUGUCUUGGAAUUGUUGAUGGAGGGACAGAGCCAAGAAUGUCAUUUACAAAAGCUUCAAUUGUUAUUGGUGGACAUCAAUUGGAGGACAAUCUUUUGGUGUUUGAUUUAGCUUCUUCCAAAUUGAGCUUUAGUUCCUCACUUUUGGUUCACAAUGCAAGUUGUUCCUAAAUUCUACUCUUGAAUUAAUGGCAUAGGUUUAUAAAGCAUCAAAUUGCACUACUAUGUAUACCCACUCGGAAAAAUAACCAACUAGUUGAGUGAUAAUUUAUGUUAAAAAGAAUAUGAUAAUAAGAAAUAAAUAUAUUUUUAUAAAAAUUGA